CUGCAAGCCGACCGACCGAUUUGUUGUCCUACUCGCACACGGUUACGAAGCGUUGUCUUUCCCCGCGAACCCCUCACCCAACCCCGCUAGUCCGUGUUGUGUUGGCCGGCUUGCCAACCGACAUGUUCUAGUCGGCAUCAGACGCCCGAUUUAGUUGCGCGUACCGUUAUUACAAACGCGAUGGCUACCGUGCAUUCCCGCGAGUUUUGGUCAGAGUUUCUUCAACUAUACAGAAGUUUUACAUGCCUAUGGAACCCCAAAGACCCUGCUUACCUCCAUAAGUAUGAGAGGCAACAAGCCUACGAGGCCUUACUGGCUAAAAUGCGAGAAGUCGAUGAGACUGCAAGUAUGGCAUUAUUGAAAAAGAAGAUUGAUUGCUUCAGGACUGCGUACAGAAGAGAAGAGAGGAAAGUCAUACGGAGUAUACAAGAAGGAGACGACGAGAUCUACACUCCUUCUUUGUGGUAUUAUAAGCCGUUGAAAGAGUUUCUUGGCAAUAUUGGCAAUAGCCAUUAUACAGAUGAUCAUAGGAAUUCUUCAAUGUCGUUCACGUCUUACGAAAAUGACAAUGAUAAUGAUGAUGAAUCACAAACUAUGCUGAUAGAGCAUUUAGAAGAAUCUUCAGAAGGCGAAGAAGAAGAAGAAGAGGAAUGCAAUCAGAAAUAUUCACCGCCAUCACCACCACCGCAGAAAAAGCGGAAAAUUCCUAAACCAAUCAUAAUCAAGAGGAAAGAACCAGAACCAGACAGCCCUAAAAUCUUCGCCCAACCGCUCUCCAUACCACAGACUGAAGAAGAUGACUGUGCCACCUUCGCAACCAACCUUAAAGUACAAAUGAGGAAUAUAAGUACAGAACAAAAGUACAUAGCACAGAAAUUGAUAUCCGAUGUCAUGUUUCUAGCUAGAACGAACCGUCUUACUUAUAAUUCUAGUAUCAAUUUGAAUUUGACUUACAAAACUAUCACGUUACCUUCAAAAUCUAGUACUUCUAUGACUGUGAUACCUGAUUCGAUAAGAGAUGGUUCUAAUGCUAUUCCUAUUAAGAUUAAGACUAAUGAACAAUAAAUAUUUGAAGUGUG